UAGGAUGGUUGUUGUUUGCUAAUUGGUGUGAUCUCAUAUGAGUGACAGGCAGCUGGACAGGAUGAAUUAUUGGCCAGGUACACACGUCAUCAGAGAAGAGAUUUUAAAAAAUGGAAGGGGAAGUUAAUGUUUUUGAUUAAAGAUUAAGAGAUCACAUGAAUAAAAAAAGUAGUGAUGUGCGCAAAUAAUUAAUUAUUUAUGCAUUUUGAAGUUAAUUUUAACUGGGUCUUCUGAAGAUGGAGAUUUCAGAUACACAAACAAGUGAGCCUGCGUCACUUGGAUUAUUUAUCUGCAAGUGGCACGUAAACAACAGGAUGACGUUUGCGUGCCACUUGGAUUGUCUGCAAAGUAAUAUGCAUUAGACUGAGUGGUAAAUAAAAUAUUUCCCAUUUACCUCAAAGCAGAUGUCUAUGGGCUUUUCGGAUAACUAAAAUCUGAGCUAAAAUCGACGUAUAUUUAGCUUAUAAUAACCUGGCAGAUGUCUGCAUUUAGCUGAGUUAAACCAUGCAGAAUGGCAGCUGUCACCUGUCUCCUAUAUGAUUGGUUGUAAGGAUGUGAUGGCGUUCCUUCUAAGCUCCUCCCGCAUGAGGUGACAGGAUUAGAGGAAUAAGUAGAGCCUGAUUAGUUUUUAGCAGACUUGUGCAAAAUGUCUCUGGAGCGACAAACAAAAACGCAUGGAGUCUGACAUACUGCUGUACGAGUUAAGGAGACGAUGGUGCUCUCCCUGGUGCUCUCCUCCUCAGGUCAACAUGUUCAACCUCAUGAGCAACUGCUGCAGCUGGGUCUCCAAACUCCAGCAACCACUGAGGAAGAUAACGGUCCUAGUGGUUGGUUUAGACAAGGCUGGAAAAACAUCUUGUGUCAGAGGGAUGAUGAGAGGUAAUUUAGUGCCCCCUGGAGAUGUAGGUCCCACUCAUGGAUGUGUCCGCACUGAAUUAAGGGUGGAGAACUAUUUGGUUAACAUACUGGAUAUGGGAGGGUCUCCAGAGGUUCGGGGGUCCUGGAGAGAGCAUUACGGUGAAGCUCAUGGGAUCAUCUUUGUGGUGGAUUCCAGUGACAGACAACGAAUGAAAGAGGUCAAAGAAGCUCUGGGGGACUUACUGAAACAUCCAAGAGUAGCAGCAAAACCUCUUCUUGUGCUGGCAAAUAAACAGGACAAAAUAAAUGCUCUGCUGGGAAAUGAACUCAUUGAAAUUCUCUCUCUAGAGAGGCUGGUCAACCAGAGCCGUUCCCUCUGCCACAUCGAGCCGUGUUCUGCCUCGAUGGAUCUGCGCCGCUGGUCAGAUAGAAAGACUCUGCGAGGUCUCAGAUGGCUACUGCGAGCCGUGUGCCUGGACUACCCUGACCUCUGUGCUCGUGUGAUGAGAGAUGGGAGGCGACCGUUAGGGCCAGACGAAAGAGAAAGACGAGGCAAAAUAGAGAAGAACCGGAACAAAGCUAAAGAGGAAAGAACUCAUAUAAGCAAAACCGAUAUCCGUCAAGAACAGCACAAUGAAUCCACGAGGAAAAAUGGGACCCUGCAACCAAUCAAAAAUAUUCUAAACAAGGAGAACUCUUUAAAAAAGAAACUAAGCAAAAAGAAGAAGGUAAAGGUUAAAAUGAAAAAGGGGAGUCCAAGCAGAGGAGUAAAUGAAGAUGAGGUAGAGGAGACAGAAGGAAAUGAAGCGGAACAGGAUCACAACGGCCACAAAGACAAAGCCAGCAGUGCAUUACUGCCUCCCAAACGAAAGAAAAUGAAACGCAAAGCCAAAGUAAAAGAGGAGAACACUGGUCUACCAGAGUCCCCCAACAGCGAGGUCUCCAAAACCUCUAGAGGAAAGGAGGAAAGAACGAGAAAAAAGAAGACAGUUAAAGUAAAAAGAAAGAACAAGAUAAACACAGAGGAAGUUCCAGCAGUUUAUGCACAGCCUGUUGAUCUUUCGACUACUUUCGACCUUUACCGAAAAGCAAUUUUGGCUCUCAAAGCCCGACAGGAACAGGACAUGGCUUCGGGAUAGUAGUGAAAAAGAAGAAUGAAGAUUUAUGAAGAAAUAGAAGACUUGGAUGGAUGGAUGGAUAGAUGACAUGCUGAACCACUUAUCUAUGUCUUUUACCCAGAAGUCUGCUAUCAAUACCUGCAAACAGAAGUUACUGUUAUGUAAUGGCUAUAUUGUCAUCGUCAAUACAUUUGUAAAAAGUUUUUGAAGCAAUUUUCAUAAAAAUAUGUAUAGUUUGUAUUGUAAUUGUAUUAUAAUUGUAUUAAGUGAUUAUUGAGAAACGACUGAAGGAAUGAGCCUAUACUAAAAAUGGGACAUCCAUUUAAAAAGGUCUCUCUUAAAAGAAUUUUGUAUUAUAACUUGCAUAACCUAAAACAGUAUGAAUCAGUCUGAUAAUCAGAAUCUGAAUCUGUUUUUACAAAAAAUGCCUACCUUUUUUUUGUGAAAUUCUAUUAAUUUUUACCUUUUUGAAAAUGUAUAAAUCCGUUUCUUUUUACCCAAUUUAUACUUUUUCUUUUGCUGUGUGAUGGUUUUAUAUGAAGAAAAAGCUGCGUGAUGGGAUACGUAUUGCUCAAAAUGAUUGUCCCUGUUGUUUUUCAAGCAAAUAAAUGAACAAAA